AUGGUUUACUCCACAUCUACCAUUGCUUUGGCUACCUUCUUGUUGCAGGCCAUGACUGUGAUGUCCACACCCCUUCAGCUGUCACCCCCUCCAGUAGAAUCUGCCACACCGGAUAGCAUCGGAUCCUUUGGUGCAGGUUGGAGCACAAGUCCUAUGCGAGGCCCACUCCCAAUCCAACAGCCCCCUUAUCGUCCUUCGUUCCGAGUAGGCACUACGCAGCUAGGCCCGCUGUUGCCAAAGUACACGUACCAGGGAAUGGACUCGGAUCUACACGCUCGAUCAGACAUUGCCUCCGAUGUCGCGGACCUGGCCAAGUUUCUCAACAGCCGAGAUAUCGAGAUGCUUGAUGCCCGUGGCUUUGGAGGUAUCCUGGGGAAGAUAUUCGGCAAGCUCGGGCCCCUCCUCCUUCAGCGGCGGGAAGUAGACGACGAGGCGAUGGCACAGUUAGAGCAUCUUCUGCAAUCUCGCGAGCUCGCAGAUGAACUCGAGGCUCGCGGGUUGUUCGGCUUCCUCCCCAAGCUAUUCAACAUGAUUUCAAAGGGAAGAAAUGCGGCAGACACCAUACUCUCACCCGCAACACCCCCAUCGCCGCCCGCACCCACUGCCAGCGGCGCGCCUGCGCCACAAAGGAGAAGUGAUGACCCAGAUGUUCAAAUCAUCGAACAAUUACUUUCUCGCGAGCUGGACGAGCGAGGUUUCAGUAGCACGCUAAACACACUUGGGUCAGUGGCGCCAUUGAUCGGGACAAUCGCACCCUACAUUCCUUCGAUCUUUGACAAGAUCAGGGAAAAGUUCUCCGGGCACGACCAACCUCCACAAGCAACUGCCGCUCCCGUACCCCAGAGAAGAGCAAUGAAAGAUGAUAUCGAGGAGCUCGAGAGGUUGCUCGGUCGUGAGAUGACGGACAUUGAGCGUCGCGGCUUCGGCACGAAACUUGGGGAAGUGGACCAGUUUGACCACUGGUUAGAUUAA